AUGAAUAAGCUUAGUCAAAAUGAUGUGUCAGCCAUGGAAAACCAGCUACGGCAGGGGCUGGAGGAAGACAAGAAAUAUUGGAGGGUUAAUGACGUAAAGUGUGACGCUAUCCACACCGCUAAGACCUACGAAGAGUUUGCAGAUAGAGUGGCUGCCGCCCAUCUUCGUCCUCUAGAGAAGAGUGAUUAUAAAAAUAAGAUGACCAGAGGUUGGAACCAAUAUGCCAGUCGAGAUAAAGAGAGAGAUGAAUAA